AUGUCGAGCCGGAGACAGGGGCCUCAGUCCAGGGACCAGGGGGACAAAUACUCGGUGCUUUUACCGACGUACAACGAGCGGGAGAACCUGCCGCUGAUCGUGUGGCUCCUGGUGAAGUCCUUCGAGGAGAGUGGUUAUAACUAUGAGAUCAUCGUGAUCGACGACGGCAGCCCAGACGGGACUCUGCAGGUGGCUCAGCAGCUGCAGGAGAUCUACGGAGAAGACAAGAUUCUGCUUCGUCCUCGAGCUCAGAAACUGGGACUAGGGACGGCUUACAUCCACGGCAUCAAACACGCCACGGGCAACUUCAUCUUCAUCAUGGACGCCGAUCUCUCGCACCACCCCAAGUUCAUCCCAGAGUUCAUCAGGACUCAGAAAGCUGGAGACCUGGACCUGGUCUCAGGGACGAGGUACAGUGGGAAGGGCGGGGUCUACGGCUGGGACCUGCGCCGCAAGCUCAUAAGUCGAGGGGCGAACUUCCUGACUCAGGUCUUGUUGCGUCCCGGAGCCUCUGACCUCACUGGCAGCUUCAGGCUGUAUAAGAAGCAUGUCCUGGAGAGCCUGGUCCAGUGCUGUGUGUCUAAAGGAUACGUGUUCCAGAUGGAGAUGGUGGUCCGAGCGCGGCAGAAGAACUACUCCAUCGGAGAAGUGCCCAUCUCAUUCGUGGACAGAGUUUACGGUGAAUCCAAACUGGGAGGAAACGAGAUUGUGUCGUUUGUGAAAGGACUGCUGACUCUGUUCGGCACCACGUGA